AUGUAUACACAUCGUGAAGGGUUAUCGCCUACGGAGACAGGUGGCAGCCGAGAAGGCAGCAGGACACCCGUUAUCACGACUCGCACACCCAGCCCAGGAACAGGCGAUUCUCGUAACAUAACACAGGUAGACACUCCACAGGCGCCUGUAACCGGAAGGCGCCAUGACACUGUAUGGGAGCAGGAUCGCUAUGAGUUUCAUACACUAUCACCUUCCACACACCCUGUGCGAGUGCUUGCCGCUCGAAUACAUUCUGCGAUAGCCGAAGCUUCAGCUCAUAGCACGCCUCCAGUCUUCGAGGGGGUCUCUGGAUAUCCUUUUCCAGGUGUCGAUGCAUUGAGGCGUGAGCCUUUCAAUGAGUUGAAGCGCGAUUGGAUCCGUGCUACAACCUUCUACUGCUACGACCAAGCUUGGAUGCAGUAUGUUUGCGGCAAUCACCUUUCAUUCCUCAGUCAUGUACACGCUACACUUGUCUAUCAAGACCUUGAUGAGGGCCUGUUAUACGACAGUGACCUUACUGUGUAUGCGAAAACCAGGGUUCUAGGAUUGUUUCGCGGCCGCUUGAACACCGAUGAUACCACCAUUAUUAGCAUACUUCAUAUGCUUAUCAGCGAGAUCGGAAGCCCCGACGAAGACGCGUUUGGUGUACACCAGGAUGGCUUGGUGACCUGUUUGAGGAAUCAACAGGACGGACUAGGUGCCAAUAUUGCGACAUUUAUGACUUUGGUUAUGCUCACCUUUGCCAUCUGUCGAGGACAAGACGUGUCCGCAGAACUCACACCACGAGCGUCUUCUGAGGCCUGGCUUGACCACAAUAAUCCCAUCUCGCCGCUUUUAGCUCCCCAGAAUCAUACGCCGCCUUCAUACCGAGUCUACUCCGCAGCCGUGACUGAUAUCAUAUGGAAGAUGCAGAGGUGUACCAGCACAUUUCUGGCAAGAUGGAAUCACAAAGGAGAACCUCAUAUGAUGUCAAGCGGUCAGUUGGCAUUAUGCGACACAGAACUCCAGGACAUAUACUCUGACCUGCUUUUAUUGCCUUCAGCCGAGGACGAUCACUCGCUAGAUUGGGUCUACGAAAGCUGUCGAAUCGCCGCCUUGAUCUACUGUAGAUCGAUAGUUCAUGGGGCAACACUUGUGGAAUCGGCAAACAUUAUGCACGCGGGCAUAUCUGGAUCUAGUACUGAAAGCGGCACACUUAUAUCAGCUUUACACUCCGCCCUUGGAAAGACGAAAGUCCAGACCUGCUGGGGCUCCGAAUUGUCUGGCGUUUUCCUCUGGGUAGCUCUCGUGGGCGCAGCAGCAUCUCGAUCCCCACCGCACUCCUCUUCAGAAGAGACUUUGCAAGCAUCGGCAUGGAUGAGGAAAUGCUUUGCGCUCUAUGCAGUCAGGGCGGCAGUAUCAGUCCCUUUCGAUUAUGCCGACGCCACAAUCCACGCCUUACGCACGAUGCUGCAGGUCCAACGGUACAUCGCCAUCAAAACCGGCCUGAAUCUCGCUCACUAG